AUGGAUGGAAAUGAUGUGUUUCAGAGAAAUAUGAAAACAAAGGUUUCAGAUGUAGUAAAGAAUCCACAAGAACUUAUGGUUGGACUUAAAAAAGAAAAAGAAGAAGAAAAGAAAGAGUUAUCCAAAGAAGAAGAUUUUGAUACCUAUCCUGAGAUUACUGAAAAGACGAAGGAGAAGCUAAAAGAGAGUGGGAUUGCAUCUUUAUUCCCUAUCCAAUCUUCUACUUUCAAGCAUAUCUAUGACAACAAAGAUCUGAUCGCAAGAGAUUUGACUGGGUCUGGUAAAACUCUUGCUUUUUGCUUGCCUCUUGUAGAGAGGUAUAGAAAGCUAGAAUAUUUUACCCCCAAGAAAACAUUUGCUAGGAAUUUGUACACAGUGAUCAUGACUCCAACCAGAGAGCUUGCUCUUCAGGUGUCUAAUGAACUUAAGAAGCUAAUGCACAGAGAGAACGAAUACAGAGUUUUGACUGUAUAUGGUGGAGUCCCAAUUGAGCAUCAAGAGAAAGAGCUCAGAUACGGAGUCGAAUUUUUUGUUGGAACUUGAGGAAGAGUACUCGACCAUAUUUCAAGAGGGAAUAUUGAUUUUUCAAAUAUUAAAGCAGUCAUCCUUGAUGAGGCUGAUCAGAUGUUAAACAUGGGAUUUGAAGAAGAUAUUGAAGAGAUCAUUGAUAAGAUUGAUAUGGAAGUAAAGGAGAAGCCUCAAUUUUUGCUGUUUUCAGCUACGAUCCCUGAUUGGUUUAAAUCAGUGGCUAAAAAAUACCUGAACAAAGAAUAUGAAGUUGUGGAUUUGGUUAAAAAUCUAAAGAACAAAACAUCUCACACUGUAAACCAUCUGGCUCUUAAUUGCCCUUUUGAAAACAAAAUUUCUGUUCUUGCAGAUGUUUUGAGAUGAUAUGGAGGCUUAAAAGGAAAAUCAAUUGUUUUCACUCAAACUAAACUAGAAGCAAAUGAUAUAAUUUUAUCAGAGAAAAUGCGAAACAAUGCUGAAGUUCUACAUGGAGAUAUAGCCCAAAAACAGAGAGAAGUCACUCUCAGAAGAUUCAAAGAAGGAAAAUUUAAUGUUCUAGUGGCAACCGAUGUUGCUGCUAGAGGGCUAGAUAUCCCAAAUGUUGAUCUUGUUGUCCAACUAGAACCUCCUAAAGAUAUUGAAGCAUAUAUCCAUAGGUCUGGAAGAACAGCAAGAGCUGGGAAGGAUGGAAUGUGUAUUACCUUCUAUACAGGAAGAGAGUUUAGAGUCAUUAAGGAUAUUGAAUAUGAAGCUGGAAUUAAAUUUAACAAGAUAACUCCUCCAAAGAAUGAAGAUGUCAUUAAAGUGGCAGCUGCGGAUGUUAUUGUAAACUUGAGGAAUGUUGAUAAGAAGAUUCUACCAAUUUUUGAAGAUGCUGCAACACAAUUUAUAGAUGAAGUUGGGGCAAAAGAAGCUUUAUGAAUGGCCCUUGCUUAUAUCUCAGAUACAUCGAAUGCUCAUCUUUCUUCUAGGAGUUUCUUGACUGGAGAAGAUGGAUUAAUGACUUAUAUCCUAAAAUCAGAUAGAGGGAUCAACAAUGUUGCUUAUGCUCAUAGACUAAUUCAAAAUAAUUUCUCUAAAGACAUCGCAUACAAAGUAAAAGGGAUCAAGCUGCUCAGAAGUGGAGAAGGGAUAGUGUUCGAUAUAAAUGAAGAUAAUGCUGAAGAUCUAGACCAGCAAUAUAAAGAACAAGCAUGCACCUCCAGAGGGCUACCUUUUGUUCUUGAGAGAGCUUCAGAACUUCCUGAAGUUGCAAGCGAAGGUCACAGAUAUACAAAGUCAUCACAAGGAUAUGGAAAGAGAGGAGGCAAAAAUGGAGGGUUUAUGAGCGCCAGAAGCCACUACAACCAAAGUUUUAGUGGAUAUAAUCAUGGAUCCAAAGGAAUGACAAGAAAUUAUAAAGGAAACGAUCAUGAAACUUAUGAUGCUCAAUCAAUGAGAUCUGAAAGAAGUGAUUUUGAUAAGAAGGAAGUAUCAGGAAUCAGUUUUGGAGAUAAGCCUAAAUUUUUCAGCAGGAACCAGAAAAUGGGUGAAAAACCUUCUUUCAACACAGAGGGAAAAUCUUUCGGUAGAAAUGAAUUUGGAAGAGGAAGAGGCUCCCAGUCAAGAGGAGGAUAUAGAGGAAGAGGCAGAGGAAGAGGAUACUAAAGUUCUCCUAAAGAAACAAAUUAUCAAAUUGAAAGGGAUAGUA